AUGCUACGAGCCGCCCUGCGACCGAUAUGCCCUGUCUGCCGGACGGCGGGUGGUCCAUCAAACCAAUUGCGACUCUCACCAGUCCGGCCAUGGCAAACUCAGCCGGUUCAGUUGCCGCAGAUGCAGCUGCAGAGACGGGGCUUGGCUGCCCAACGGCGGAAAACACCGUCACGUAUGGUCCUAUCCGAUAGAGUUGCGCGGCCGCCCCCGACGCGGCAAGCGCGGCGGAGAGAAGCUGGGCCGUUUACGGGCAUGAACCGCACUGUGGCGAACAUCCGCGAACGACCGGCGCAAGCCGCAACGACAACGACAGCAUCGUCUUCUACGCCGACAACGUCACGGCACGCAUCCCGGCGGCUGAAAGAUGACAGGGACGGCGGACGGGGCGGUGGUAGCAGCAGCAGCAGCAGCAGCAGUAGAAGAAGCAGAGACGGUAGCAAGAAACCCUUCAAGGCGCUCCGCAUGCAACAGUCCCUGGCGACGAUCGGCUACGGCCAGCGGACGCAGAUCAGGUCGCGCAUGGCGGAGCUGGACCAGUUCGACCAGUUCAAGCUGCUGCCAUCGCUGCAGACGGCGGUCCAGUCGGACGCACUCCGGGGCAUGGUGGAUGUGAAGCCGACGCCCAUCCAGCGGCUCGCGAUCCCGAUGCUGCUGGGCCAGGUGGUGGACCGGCGGCCAUCGCGGCAAGUGGCACCGGGCGGCGUCCGCGAGUUUUUGCUGGCCGCAGAGACGGGAUCCGGCAAGACACUGGCGUACCUGCUGCCGGCCGUGGACGCGCUGAAGCGUGCAGAGGCAGAGGACGAGGAGAUUAUCGCGUACAAGAAGCGGCUGGCGGACGAGAAGGAGCGGCGCGCGGCGACAAACUACCGCGGCUCGACGGUCUUUGAGCCGCACCCGACGACAGCGCGGCCGCGCGUGGUUGUUCUCGUGCCGUCGGCCGAGCUUGUCGGGCAGGUGGGCGGCGUGGCCAAGGCGCUGUCGCACGAGGUCAAGUUCCGCACGGAGCUGCUGUCGGCCAACGUGUCGCCCAAGGCCAUGGAGCGCAACCUGCACUCGCCGUCGGGCAUCGACGUGGUGGUGGCGACGCCGCACCUGCUGGCGUCGAUUGCCGAGGCCGAGCCCAACGUGCUGUCGCGUGUGAACCAUUUGAUCAUUGACGAGGCGGACUCGCUGCUCGACCGCAGCUUCUCGCCGGCGACGACAGCCAUCCUGGAGCGGGCACGCCCGUCGCUCCAGCAGCUCAUCUUGUGCUCGGCCACGAUCCCACGGCGUCUCGACACGUAUCUGGCCAACCACUUCCCCCACAUGCAGCGGAUCACGACGCCCAACCUGCACGCGAUCCCGCGGCGUGUCCAGCUGGGUGUGAUUGACGUGACCAAAGAGCCGUACCGCAACAACAAGGACCUGGCGUGCGCGGACGCCAUCUGGUCGAUUGGCAAGGAUGUGUCGGCGUCCUCCUCGGCCGACGACGACCGGCCGGAUGGCGCCCGCGACGACGGCGAACCGGACGUCAAACGGAUCAUGGUGUUUGUCAAUGAGCGCGAGAAGACGCAAGACGUGGCCGAGUUUCUGCGCGGCAAGGGCAUCGACGCCGUGGCGCUGCACCGCGACGCGUCCGAGUCGCGGCACACGGACAUGCUGGCGAUGUUCACGGCGGCGGGGCCACUCAAGGCGGCCGCCCUGCAUGCGGCACAGGCACCCGUCCCGUCCCCGGCGAUGGGCGGCCGCUCGCUGGCCAACACCAAGGUGAUUGUGGCGACGGACUUGGCCUCGCGCGGCAUCGACACCCUGGGCGUGCGGCAUGUGGUGCUCUACGACGUGCCGCACACGACGAUUGACUUUAUCCACCGCCUGGGCCGUGCCGGCCGCAUGGGCCGGCGUGGUCGGGGCAUUGUGCUGGUGGGCAAGGACGACCGGCGGGACAUUGUGGCCGAGGUGCGCGAGAGCAUGUACAUGGGCCAAGCGCUUGUCCCACGCUCCGGGUCGGGUAUUGGCCUGGCUUUCUUGCACUACGUUUUUUUCACACUCGGGGUCCACCGCUUCGGUGCCGAUGCGCAAAUAGUUUUGUGCUCUAACCCCGUGGCGAUCUCCACCUUCAUUGCGCAACAUGAGCGCGCGAAGAGGGGCAAAAGCUCAUUUUUUACUUUGCUCGCCUGGCAUGGCAAAACGGCAAGUCCAUUUGCUUGGUCUGAGUGGAGAUUUCGUUCAGUCGACCUGUGCGAUUUGGCCGGACUGCGACGCUGUGGUGUAAUACUUUGCCGUGACGUGACCGCCGGUGCAUCGAGCGGCCAGUUUUGCGCGGCGCCUCGUCCCGCCGUCGAUUCACCACCUCUCGUUCUUUUCCCAUUGCACCAUUGGCCACCUCGCUCGUCCGUUCUCGGCAUAAACAUCCAGUCAAGCCCUCUCCAGAGUCUGCCCAUCUCUUCUUCCACCAACGGUUUGCCUCUUCCACCAACCCCCGCAUCCUUCGCCAUGGCCAGCCACGCUUGCGCUCAGCGUCCCCCCAUCACCGUCGACUACACUCCCCAGGGCCGCCAUGAGACCCUCGGCGGUCUGAAGACGUACAUUGUCGGCCCCGACGACGCAACAAAGGCCAUCGUCGUCGUCUACGACAUCUUUGGCGUCUGGCCGCAGACGGUCCAGGGCGUCGACCUCCUGUCGUCCAUCACCGGCGCCCUGGUCCUCCUCCCCGACUUCUUCGAGGGCGACGGCGCCAAGCCCGAGUGGAUGCCCGCCAACACCCCCGAAAAGCAAAAGGCGCUCGGUGACUUCUUUGCCAACAAGGCCGACUUCGGCAACGCCGUCAAGGCCGUCCUCAACGUGCGCAAGGAUCUCGCCACCCGCUACCCGGCCGUCGACGACCAUGUUGGCAUUUUCGGUCUCUGCUGGGGCGGCAAGGUUGGUGUGUUGGCCACGGGCGCCGACAACACGGGCGCCGGCCGGCGCUUCACCGUCAGCGGCACGGCUCACCCUGGCCGCCUCGACGCCAAAGACGCCGAGCCCCUUACCGCUCCUCACAUCCUCCUCGCCUCCAAAGACGAAGACGCAGCUGUCGUUGCCGAAUACAAGAAGAUCCUCGCCCAGCCCGGCAAGGUGGGCGAAGUCGACACCUACCCCAACAUGUUCCACGGCUGGAUGGGCGCCCGCGCAAAGCUCGACGACGCCGAGAACGCUAAGGAGUAUGUCCGCGGCUACGAGCAGACCGCCGCUUUUUUCAACGCGCACCUGUAA